CGAACCCAAAGUCCCAAACAAACCGGACCGCUUUGUUUUGGUAGCCAGCUGCCGAUCCGGCGCGUCUUGCGGCUCACUCACAGACACGCCAUUCCACGUCGAGCUCUCGUUAGACGCACGCGUACUGCUCGCUUUCCGCAAUCAAAACAGAGAAGACUUGGACAGAAAAUAAGGAAAAAUAUGGACGACGACGGACUGCCCCUUUAUCCUCAGGUUUAUCCCAACGCCAAAAUGGAGCGUAAGGAACCAGUCCCUCAGAUGGCACCGGCUGCAGUCCCACCAAUGCAGACUGGCCAGUUGCUAGGCCCAGAGAACACUGUCACAGUGUGUCAGUUCUGCAAAGCAUCCAUCAAGACUGCUGUCAAGUUCACCACGACGUCGCGCACACACAUCGCCGCUGCACUUUGGGGCCUGUUAUGUUGCCUCUGCUGCGUGCCGUAUGGAGUAGAGUCCGCGAAGAAUUCGGACCACUACUGCCCCAACUGCCAGCGUUACCUCGGAACCUACGUCAAGUAGAAACAGGGUUUCUUAAUACUUGAGCACUGUCUUCAUCUCAAGUGCAAAGAUAAUCAACUGGAUCGUUUAUGCGCAAAAUUAUGAUUAAUUUGAUUGACGUAAACGAUUAUUGCAUUAUCUUGAACAAAACGAAAAUCUAAUCGUGGUUAAUCAGAGUUUAAAUAUAA